UCAUCCACAGUCCCAGUCAGUUUUUAUCAGGACAGCUCAGUGUCGCCUCUGACUCUGGUGUGAAACACUCACACUGAAGGACUAUUCCUGACAGAAAUCACAAAAAACAGCGUCUUUUCCUGCAGAAGUAAAGGAUUACUCUUCAAGAUCAGGCAAACACUGUGUUUCAUUAUUUGUCGGCUCCUGCAAAGUUAUAAACUGUUGUCAACUUUCCUCAGAACACCUCUGAUGAUCAGAACACAGAUGGAUCUAAAUGGCUUCAUGUUUCUCCUGGUCCUGUGCACCCUCAAUAAGCUGCUUGUGGUGGCAAGCUCAAAAGAUGAUUACCAGGAGCGUCUGAAUCACCAAAAUGAACAUCAGUCGACACGACACCAAAUCGCCACAGCCCAAUACGAAUGUUUCCAGCGCAUUGUGAAAGAAUCACACCGCAAAACAAAAACAAUAGCAGGGCCACUGUGUAACACCACAUGGGAUGGGUGGCUGUGCUGGGAUGCAGCUGAAGUUGGGCUAACCGAGCAAAGCUGUCCAGACUACUAUAAAGAUUUUGACCCUCAUGCGAUGGCAUCCAAAGUCUGCACAGAGACGGGCGAGUGGGGGCGCCACCCAGAGAGCAACAGGACAUGGACAAACUUCACAAACUGCAAAGCCAACACCACACAUCAUGGGACAGCGGCAAUGACUCACUUCUACUUGGUUAUGAUUGGUCAUGGCCUGUCACUGGUAUCAUUGCUCAUAUCAUUAGGAAUAUUCUUCCAUUUUAAGAGUUUGAGCUGUCAGAGGAUAACACUCCACAAAAACCUCUUCCUCUCAUUCGUGCUAAACUCAGUCGUCACCAUCGUGUGGCUCACAACAGUGGUAAAGAAACAGGGACACACGUACAACGAUUCUGCAAGCUGUAAGCUGCUCAUGUUCAUCCACCUGUAUCUACUGAGCUGUAACUACUUCUGGAUGCUUUGCGAGGGCAUCUACCUGCACACUCUGAUUGUUGUGGCAGUGUUUGCAGAAAAACAGCAUCUCAUGUGGUAUUAUCUGCUGGGGUGGGGUUUUCCACUCGUGCCGGCGGUGAUACAUUCAAUAGCACGCCACUGCUACUACAACGACAAAUGUUGGGUCAGCUCAGAUACUUCCUUGCUGUACAUUAUCCAUGGCCCCAUCUGUGCAGCUUUGGUGGUGAAUCUAUUCUUCCUGCUGAACAUCGUUCGGGUUCUCAUCACGAAGCUGAGGGUGACGCACCAGGCCGAGUCCAGCCUCUACAUGAGGGCUGUGAGAGCCACCCUCAUCCUCAUCCCUCUGCUUGGCAUCCAGUUUGUCCUGCUCCCCUACAAGCCCCAGGAUCACUGGGUCUUUGAGAUCUACAUGUACAUCAUGGAAAUCCUCAUGCACUACCAGGGUCUCCUGGUUUCUACAAUAUUCUGCUUCUUCAACGGGGAAGUCCAGAGCGUUCUGCGGAGACACUGGAAUCAGCAGCGGAUGCAGAUCGCAGGCACAAUCGCCAACGCUGAAUUCUUCCGCUCAGCCUCAUAUGUGGCGUCAUCACUCACAGAGGUCCACCGUUGCUACAGCAUCGAAAGCCACACCGAGCACAACGGCAAGAGCUAUUCAGACAUAUUCAGAUCAGACAGCUCUUUCAUAUGAAGGUGGCCCUCAACAAUUGGCACUUGAGGUUCCGAGUUCACUGUUUUUUUGACUUUUCCCAAGAUGUUAUGACGACUGGUGUCAAUGUUUUCUUGGAGUUAUGCUACUGUUCAUGGCAGUGCAACCUUUUCUUCUCCUUUGAUGUUUUUUCCAUCCUAUUUUCCUUUUUUGACUUUUUCUCCCAAAUACAGAAUUACCAAAAGAGAAGGAGAAACUGCUUCUUCGUUAUUAUUUACAUCGCUCAAAUAUUCAAAGGGGCUCUGACCGGACAUAAGGAAGACCCCAUGAAUCAACCUGCCUCACUGUAAAGCAUUACCACAAGGAAUUAAUGCUUUUAAGCAUCGUGUGGAAUAAUGUGAAGAGCCCUCAGUGCCCUCACUCAUUCAACACAAAGCUGUUCUGACUGCCGACUGUUACGAUCAUGUCAAGAGAGAAGAUUUUUUCUGGGAAUGUUGCAGAUAUUGAUGUCAUUUAAAAAUAGGUAGCUACUGGUGAGGGUGAAAGGAAAAGCAGGGAAAGCCUGUUUAAUCGCUUCUUCUGAAUCUCACAAAUACAUUUAGCUUUUAUUGGUAGGCCCCUUACUCUGUGGCAGAAGGUAUUUGCAGUUAGAAAUAAUCUCAUUGGCUAAUUCAAACAUCAAUGGACAGAGCCAGAGCAAUAGUUGAUGGGAAUUGCUAGCUUUAAUAGCAAAGAAGAAAGUGGUUAAAAGGUAGGCAGUUAGCCUCUCUGCCAAAAGAGGCAGACUUUAGGCCUCCAAGAAAGUUUUUUUAUUUUAAAGUACAACAAUGGUUAGUGCCAUACAGAACUAGCAAUGUAAAGUGUACAUUCCUGCUUUUCUAUUCAUGUAUUAUUUUCUUUUUUCUCCUUACAAAUAACGAGGCUCAUAAUAAAAUCUUGUCAGAAACAGAAGCUUACAUUGUCUGAUCAAGUCUGGCUUGGUGAUAGCUUUAGUAUAUUUUAAGUUAAUGUUCCAUUAGGCAAUUUUUUUGUAUCAGAUUAUUCCAAUUUAGCAGUGAGAUCAUUGUGAGAUAGUCACAGAUGAAAAUAUGACUGAAAACUGCUUCUAUUACAAAUGUACAUAUGUUUGAUUGUAUAAGAAUAUCACAUAUAUUAAGUCAAAAAAUAUAAAUUAGAACUGUGUUGUAUUUAGACAGCCUUUAGUGUACUAUAUAUAUUUUCUAGGAACUACGAACACAUCAUUGUAUAUUACUUAUGUUACAUUUUUAAAAGUCCACAAACUGCAGCUUGUUAAAUAAUACUGUAAAGAGUGAAAAUGUCAUGUUAAAUUUUUUUAGAUGAAGUCUAGUAAUUCAACAAAUUCAGCAGGAACUGACUCAUAUUGAUUCACUCAUUUGACAUUUUACAUAAUUAUUAUCACUAUCACUAUUGCUGUCAUUAGCAUCCAGUAAUUCUACAUGCAUAUAUGUGUGAAGAUAAAGUUUGUCACAUCCGGUUAGAGAUUAAAGGUAACUUUCCUGUCAAGAGAGCUGCUGGUUUCAGCCUUCCAAAAUAGGAAUUACAGAUUAGUCUCUACAUGCAGUACGAUAACUCUCAACAAGCAAUAUUCCCCAAAAUGUCUAACUGUUCCUUUAAAGGUGUUGCACAGAACCUUAAAUGUUUAUAAUUAGGCUACUCUCAGUUGUGAUCAGAAUAUUUCUGCUAUUCAUAUAACAAUAUGUGUAGCCUGCUAUAAUAAUUUACUGGGUGAUUACAUGAUUUCUAACGUGUUUUGUAUAAGUAAGUGUGUAAGUCUUGUAUUUUGCUAUUACAGAAACCCUAAUCUCUGGUAGCUGGAAGUGCUUAAUAGUGGGUACAUAGUCAGAUAUUUAUGUUACACUGGACAUAGCUACAUACUAGGAAUGCCUUAUUCGGGGAAGCACAAAUAGCCUAAUGCAUUGGAAAUGGAUAUUUCUUCUAACCAAAGUUGCUUGUUAGCUCAGGAACGUGAUAAGCCAUGUGACAAUGGAACAAAAGAAAGCUGCAGCAGAGAAGAAGCUGCUGGUGUGUGUGUCUGUCUGCUCACCUGUCUGUCUGAAGCUGCUGGGAGGCAGAGCUCCAGAGUGUCUGGGAGAUGCAUGUAUUCUCACCCUGGGCGGGCCUAGCAGUUUGUGAACAUUAGCUACUAGCUACACCUUAAUGUACUAAAAUUGAGGGUGAAGUCAUUAUAGGUAUUUUUUAGCAUUAUUUUACCUUGGCAAAUUUAAAAAAGGUUGCAGCUAGCUUGACAUUGUUGCUACACUGCCGAGGACCUUCUACCUUCAAUGAGGCGUGUGAGGCCUUUCUGCUGUUUUUGUAACUUUGACUGUAGAGCCUCUUUCAGCGCAAACUGUUUGAAAGCUUUGAGGAGCACAGAGGGACAGAGAAGUGGACUGGUUAUAUUGGGACACGGAGGCUAAGUAGACUGGUUAAAGUAGGACAGACAGCUGAAAGCAUUGGAUAUAAUAUGAACUGAGAAUGUUCAAGCAAAGAAGUUGAACCAAGAGCACAUAUGAGGACCUUCAGACAGGUGAGUACAACCACUGUGUUACCUAGAAUUGUGUGUGCUAUCCCUUUUGCUUUGAUAUUUGUGUCUGUGGCUGCAGCUGCUGUGGGGUUUCUCUUUAUUAUACAUCUAUGUGUUGUCUGCUUUGGUGAUGUUUUUAUUCUGCUUAAAGUGGCAGUAAUUUCACUUCUGUAGCCUAAUAGUGUUUGAUGCACCUGCUGCGAUGUCCAUAGGUCUUUUUAUUUAUUGUUGGUCAUUUGUUUAACUGUCUGAAUUUUGUCUCUUUUCAGGUUAAUUGUAUUGAGCUUAUAGAGAGGAAGGCCAUUGCACAUUUAUAAUUGAUAAUCAGUGGCAUGCACAGCUGCAAAAUCUAGGUCUAAAGUCUAUACAACUGGAAUGUAUUGUUGGUGUGGACAUCAGCUGGGCUCAGUGGAUUGAUGGUUUUCCACUAGUGUUGUUUGAUUGACUUUUAAAUAUACAUUUAAUGCAGAUUAUUCCCUUCAACUGAAGGAUAUUUUUCAUUAUAUAUUUACUGUAAAUAGAUUUUAUUUCCAAUGCAAAACAGAAUCUUUUGAUUUAUAAAACCUGUUUUUCAGUAUCUGAUUGUUGAAUGUCCCCCAGUUCAAGGUUUGGUGAUGGUGGAGUUCAUAAAACCUUAUGUAGUUCAUGAAGAUAGAUCAUUUUAGAUAGAGAUAAUAUACAGCAUCUCUGUGCACGUGUGAAAACAGUAUGAAAGCAGUAUGAAAGCUUGACAUUUUGAAAAAUACACUUAUUUAUGUUCUUGCUGAGAGUGAGGAUAGAAGAUACCACUGUCAUGUUUGUAAGGAAAAUAUUAAGCUAAUGCCACAGCUGGUUAGCUUAGCAUAACAUAAGGACCGGAAACAGGGGGAAACAGCUAGCUUUGUCCAAAGGCAACCAAAAUCUUUUUACCAGAACCUCUUAAGCUCAUAAUUUAAGCUGUUUCCCCAUAGUCUGUGUAUAAAAAGUGUUUCCCAUCAUUCUACAGUCGUUAUGCUAGGCGAAGCUAACCGGCUGCUGGCUGUGGUUUCAUAUCUACUGUAUCAAUCUUCUCAUCUAAUCUUCAUCAACAAAGCAAAAAUUUCUAUUUCUCAGAAGAGAACUCAAAAGAUGAGUCUAGCGAGUCUAGUUUGCAGACAUCUUUGUAUUGCUAUUAACAUGGGCUACAUUGGCUACUAAAAUAUUCUAAACUCAAGGUUCACUUACUUGCUUUGUCUAAAACUUUCAACCAUAUUUGACUGCCUUCCUCAGCAAAUGGAACUUGCUCAGGUGGUAUAUGGGAGAGGAGAGAUCGUUACUUACUUCCAUCUCUGACUAUAUCUCCGUUUACUGAAGAAGGUCAUGGAUACGGUCUAAAGCCCUGCAAAAAGCUAAUAAGAAAACUUGAGUUUAGAAUAUUUCCCAAUGUGAAGACAAUACACUCAUGUUAAAAAAUGUAUAAAACACAUGUUGGAGCUGUUACACAUGUUUUAUCCAUUCCAAGAUAAUUUUAGUCACUGUUUCAAUCUCAUUUUCAUUUUUGUAACAUGUUUUUUUUUCCAUAAAUCCAGAAAAUGCUUGUUUAUACUGAAUUAAUAAUGCUGUAAAUAAAAACAAGCUGUUUUAAACUGA